AUGAAAGGGCAGCCCGGUGCAUUGGAUGUUGUACGUAAGGGUCUAUUGUAUGCAAUCUUGCAUUGGACGUUGUCAAGGCAAAGGGAGCACUGGAGGAGAUCGAGGGUGGUUGGAAGAAUCAAAGUUGCGGCAAAAAGUUUGAAGGGAAGUGAUACAAUUGCAAGAAGAAGGGACAUAUGGCCAAAGAUUGUCACUUCCCACUUAGGAGCAAUCUCUUGGUGUACCAAGAGGAAAUCAACUGUGUCGUUGUCAACAACAGAAGUGGAAUACCGAGCAGCGGCAAUGGGAGCUCAGGAAAUCACUUGGCUUGUACAAUUGCUGAAGGACUUGCAUCAGCCAAUGGAGUAUUCAAUUCCAUUGUAUUGUGACAACCAGUCGGAGAUAAACUUGGCGGAGAAUCCAGUUUUUCACGCUAGGACUAAGCGUACAUUACCAUGUUCUUCGAGAAAAAGUUCUUGA